AUGGUGAUCCUCUUGCAUCAUAGCAACAACUUCAGCACCGAACAGAGUCCCGGCGUGUCAGACUCUGGAGCUCUGAGCCGGGCGGGUCACACGGCGACUGCGGUCAUUCUGGGGUUCAUCCUGGUCCUGGGCUUCCUCGGGAACUUCCUGGUGUUCCUGGUGUUUUCCCGCUUCCCUGAGCUGCGGACUCCGGCCAACCUGCUCCUCAUCAACAUCAGCUUCAGCGACAUGCUGGUCUGCCUGUUCGGCACUCCGCUCAGCUUUGCAGCCAGUCUGCGCGGCAGGUGGCUGACCGGAAACUACGGGUGUCGCUGGUACGGCUUCUGCAACGCGCUGUUCGGCGUUGUGUCUCUGGUGUCUCUCUCCUUGUUGUCCUUUGAGCGGUACUCCGUGCUGCUUCGUGGGACCCAGCUGAACUCUCAGUACCGCAGAGCCAGACUUGCCGUAGCCAUCUCAUGGUUCUACUCAUUGAUCUGGACUCUGCCACCGCUGCUGGGCUGGAGCAGCUAUGGGCCGGAGGGUCCCGGCACAGUCUGCUCGGUCCAGUGGCAGCAGCGCUCGGCCACAGCUCGCUCCUACAUCAGCUGUUUGUUCAUCUUCUGCCUCCUCCUGCCGCUGCUGCUUAUGUUCUUCUGCUACGGCCGGCUCCUGCUGGCUGUCCAAAGUGUGGCGAGACAGGUGGGCAGGAUCAACCGAUCAGCAUCUGAUCAGACCGAGAGGCGUGUCCUCCUGAUGGUGGUCACCAUGGUGACAGGAUACCUGUUGUGCUGGAUGCCUUACGGAGUUGUAGCGAUGAUUGCCUCCUUUGGACGGCCAGGCGUAAUGACACCUGUUGGCAGCUUGAUCCCCUCUCUUCUGGCCAAGACCAGCACCGUCAUUAACCCCAUCAUCUACAUGUUGCUCAACACCCAGUUCUCCAGAUGUUUCCUCUACAUGAUCAGGUGCAGCUCAGAAGCUCCAGCUUCUUCAGUCAACUUAGCAAGCAGCAGGGGGGUCUGGCCUCCCCAGCUGCCCACUGAGGAGCAAAACCCAGUUCCUGCCACGCUCCCAUCCAGAGAUGAGCAGCAACCUGUCCAGAUGCUUGUGGCUCAUUGCAAAACCUGA